GAGAACCUCAGGCUGGGUAGAAGGCGAACGGAGCCGAGGAAAUCCUACGAGCGCGACCGUUGAGGGUGGAGGCAGCGGUCGGGUGUGACCGUUGCGAGGAAAAGGUUUCGAGGAGAGGUGUCUGCCGCGGUGGCCGUGGUGGCCUGAGGGAAUCCUCGAGUGUAGCAGCAGGUGCACAUUGAAGAUCCAGAAUCAUGACUGACUCUAAGUACUUUACAACUAAUAAAAAAGGAGAAAUCUUCGAAUUAAAAGCUGAGCUCAACAAUGAGAAGAAAGAAAAGAGGAAAGAGGCUGUGAAAAAAGUGAUUGCUGCUAUGACCGUGGGGAAGGAUGUUAGCUCUCUCUUUCCAGAUGUAGUGAACUGUAUGCAGACUGACAACUUGGAACUAAAGAAGCUUGUGUAUCUGUAUUUGAUGAACUACGCCAAGAGUCAGCCAGACAUGGCCAUCAUGGCUGUCAACAGCUUUGUGAAGGACUGUGAAGAUCCCAAUCCUCUGAUUCGGGCAUUGGCAGUGAGAACCAUGGGGUGCAUCCGAGUAGACAAGAUCACAGAGUAUCUCUGUGAGCCUCUCCGCAAGUGCUUGAAGGAUGAGGAUCCCUACGUGCGAAAGACAGCAGCAGUCUGCGUGGCGAAACUCCAUGACAUCAAUGCCCAGAUGGUGGAAGAUCAAGGAUUUCUGGAUUCCCUCCGGGAUCUCAUAGCAGAUUCAAAUCCAAUGGUGGUGGCUAAUGCUGUAGCAGCUUUAUCUGAAAUCAGUGAGUCUCACCCAAACAGCAACUUACUGGAUCUGAACCCUCAGAACAUUAAUAAACUCCUGACAGCCCUGAAUGAGUGCACCGAAUGGGGCCAGAUCUUCAUCUUGGACUGCCUGUCUAAUUACAACCCCAAAGAUGACCGGGAGGCUCAGAGCAUUUGUGAGCGGGUAACUCCUCGGCUGUCCCAUGCCAACUCAGCUGUGGUGCUUUCAGCGGUAAAAGUCCUUAUGAAAUUUCUAGAGUUAUUACCCAAGGACUCUGACUACUACAAUAUGCUGCUGAAGAAAUUAGCUCCUCCACUUGUCACUUUACUGUCUGGAGAGCCAGAAGUGCAGUAUGUCGCCUUGAGAAACAUCAACCUCAUUGUCCAGAAAAGGCCUGAAAUCUUGAAGCAAGAAAUCAAAGUCUUUUUUGUGAAAUACAAUGAUCCCAUCUAUGUUAAACUAGAGAAGCUGGACAUCAUGAUUCGUUUGGCAUCCCAAGCCAAUAUUGCUCAGGUUCUGGCAGAACUGAAAGAGUAUGCCACCGAGGUGGAUGUUGACUUUGUCCGAAAAGCUGUGCGGGCCAUCGGGCGGUGUGCCAUCAAGGUGGAACAAUCAGCAGAGCGUUGUGUAAGCACAUUGCUUGAUUUAAUCCAGACCAAGGUAAAUUAUGUGGUGCAAGAAGCGAUUGUUGUCAUCAGGGACAUCUUCCGCAAAUACCCCAACAAGUAUGAAAGCAUCAUUGCCACCCUGUGUGAGAACUUGGACUCCCUGGAUGAGCCAGAUGCUCGAGCAGCCAUGAUUUGGAUCGUAGGCGAGUAUGCUGAAAGGAUUGACAAUGCAGAUGAGUUGCUGGAGAGCUUCCUCGAGGGUUUUCACGAUGAGAGCACUCAGGUACAGCUCACUCUGCUUACUGCGAUAGUGAAACUGUUUCUUAAGAAACCAUCAGAAACACAAGAGCUGGUCCAGCAGGUUUUGAGUUUGGCAACACAGGAUUCUGAUAAUCCUGACCUUCGAGACCGGGGCUAUAUUUAUUGGCGUCUUCUUUCAACUGACCCUGUUACAGCCAAAGAAGUGGUCUUGUCUGAAAAACCAUUGAUCUCUGAGGAGACAGACCUUAUUGAGCCAACUCUGCUGGAUGAGCUAAUCUGCCACAUUGGUUCUUUGGCCUCUGUGUACCAUAAGCCUCCCAAUGCUUUUGUGGAAGGAAGUCAUGGUAUCCAUCGUAAACACUUGCCAAUUCACCAUGGGAGCACUGAUGCAGGUGACAGCCCUGUUGGCACCACCACUGCGACCAACCUGGAACAGCCUCAGGUUAUCCCCUCCCAGGGUGACCUUCUGGGAGAUCUUUUAAACCUUGACCUUGGUCCCCCGGUCAAUGUGCCCCAAGUGUCCUCCAUGCAGAUGGGAGCUGUGGACCUCUUGGGAGGAGGACUAGAUAGUCUGCUUGGCAGUGACCUUGGCGGGGGCAUUGGAGGAAGUCCGGCAGUGGGACAAUCCUUCAUCCCCUCCUCAGUGCCUGCAACCUUUGCUCCUUCACCCACUCCUGCCGUGGUCAGCAGUGGUCUGAAUGACCUGUUUGAACUCUCCACAGGGAUAGGCAUGGCGCCUGGUGGAUAUGUGGCUCCCAAAGCUGUCUGGCUACCUGCAGUAAAGGCUAAAGGACUGGAAAUUUCAGGAACAUUCACUCACCGUCAAGGGCACAUCUAUAUGGAAAUGAACUUCACCAAUAAAGCUCUACAGCAUAUGACAGACUUUGCAAUCCAGUUUAACAAGAAUAGCUUUGGCGUCAUCCCCAGCACUCCCCUGGCCAUUCAUACACCACUGAUGCCAAACCAGAGCAUUGAUGUCUCCCUGCCUCUCAACACUUUGGGCCCUGUCAUGAAGAUGGAGCCGCUGAAUAACCUGCAGGUGGCUGUGAAAAACAAUAUUGAUGUUUUCUACUUCAGCUGCCUCAUCCCACUCAAUGUGCUUUUUGUAGAAGAUGGCAAAAUGGAACGCCAGGUCUUCCUUGCAACAUGGAAGGAUAUUCCCAAUGAAAAUGAACUUCAGUUUCAGAUUAAGGAAUGUCAUUUAAAUGCUGACACUGUCUCCAGCAAGUUGCAGAACAACAAUGUUUAUACGAUUGCCAAGAGGAAUGUGGAAGGGCAGGACAUGCUGUACCAAUCCCUGAAGCUCACCAAUGGCAUUUGGAUUUUGGCUGAACUCCGUAUCCAACCAGGAAACCCCAAUUACACGAAUGUAGAGCUGUCACUGAAGUGCAGAGCUCCUGAAGUUUCUCAGUACAUCUAUCAGGUCUACGACAGCAUUUUGAAAAACUAAUAAACUGGUCCAGCAACCACAGUCACCACCUCAUCGGUACAAGCCAAGAACACGUAACUGGAAGAAAUUUUGUUGCCGUGUAGAAUCUGAACCCAGACACAUUGAGGCCACCCACCAAGGUAGUGACUAGUCUGUGCUAACCUUAGGGCACAACCUGUUGGAUAGUUUUAGCUUCCUGUGACCAUUUGUAACCACUGCUUCUAUCGCUUCCCUCCUCUGCCACCUGCUGCUGCUGUCUGUCCUGAUGGGCUUCUCCAUGUUGUAGCAAUGGCUGGCUUUUUCUACACGCUCUUUUGAGUGUAGUUGGGUAUUUUGUCAUCAAGAGCUCAUUUCAAAAGCAGAAAAUGACAACAAUCAUUAAAGCAAGGAAAAGCGUCACUGAAAAAUAAGCUGCACUUUAUUGUUUUAUAUUUUUUUACAUGUGAGGAUUUGAGGGAGUUGUUUAAGGAGCAGAAAGUAUUAAGCCAGCUGGCCGUCAUUGACCACACAGCCCUGGACAGACAGUCCCCACCACAUCCUGGGAGCAUUUGUGCCAGUGGCAACCUUGUACUCUGCACUUUGAUGUUUUUCUCCUUUCUUUUCUGUAGCCAUACCUUCGUGCUUCCCCCUGGGUUGUCAUCUCAUUCAGCUGGUGCAUGGCUGGUGAGGAUGUUCUUCCUUGAUUGCUGUUUGAGGGUGCAGGAAAAUCGGGGCCUUGGCAGGCAGGCAGAAGAGAGGAAGUGGCAGUUCCCACCUUCCUUUCCCCUGAGCAGGCGCAUUCAGGGUGCAGCUGAAGGAACACGAGAUGGGAAGCCCGAGCCAGAAACCAGCCCUUUCCAGACCCCCAGGGUCUCUUGGGACCCAUUCAGUUCCCAGUUUCAUAGUUGAAGCAGGCUGUAGGUAAUGACUUCCCCAACCCUGUUGUCUACACAGAGAUUGAAGGCCAAGAGAGCCAUCCAUUCCUGCCAGGCCUGGGGGCUGAUCAGGAGCUGCGUCCCGCCCCCUUGGGUUCUCCUGCCUCCAGCUGGUGUUCUUUUCCACCCGCUUUCUCCUGCCUUUGUGUGCUUGCUUUGUGGCUCUUCAUCUGCUCCAAGCUGACUCUGGUGCCUCAUCCAUUGGCAUCAGGUGGUGAUGGAGUGUUUUGUCAGUUACUUGAAGGUAAACCCAGAUGUCAGAGUGAAGGAGGCACUGAUGCUGGAAGCUGGCAGGCUGCAUUCUGCGAUGAAGUGAGCUUAGAGAGGUCAUAGGUUCUCUGUCCCUUCAGCCCCCUCUUCUUUUCUCACAUUCCUCAGGCCCCACGGUGGCCUUGGGACCUCCCAGAAGUCAGGCAGUUCUCAGCAUCUGUGGAAAGAUGAAGAGGACACGAGAUCCCCUUCUUCACACCUGGGUACAGCUUGUUCAGGAAUUCGUUAUUAGCAUGGGCCCAGAUGCUAGCCUGUCACAUUACACACCCUUCUCUUUGUGGGUGUUUGCUGUGUGACCCUGCUGCAGCAUUCAGUCCCCACAACAAAGAUUGCUCUCAGCUGCCCCUGCUCGCGCCAUGGUCCAGAGGCCAUGAUGUUCUUCGGGAAGAAUUGUGGAAAGCAAGUGCAGGCAGCCCCACCGGGUCAGGCAUAACCAGAUAUCAUCAAGUAGUUGCAGAGGUUGGGGGAGUGGCUGCCUCAAAGCCACUUCCUAACCUUGAGAAUUCUAAGAGCCCCUGUGGUGGGGGGGUGCGGCAGGAAAUGUGUCCCUCAUUCCCACCCAUCAUGCAUGUGGGAGUAAGAAGCGGCACAGAGCUCUGUGAGGGAGGUGGGUAGGCUGGCAGUGUAGGGGAUAGAAAGCAGGUUGGUGAUUGAAACUCAUUCCUGGAGGCGCUGGCCUCAAGUAGUGAUGCAGAUUCAUACUCCAGAUGCAGUGUUCUCAGCUCAGACCAGACAUAGCACCAGACAAAAGCGCAAGCGCCAGGGCGAGCCGACGGAAGGCAGUUUUGUACCAGGACAUGCCCUUAGCCCCAGAAAUGAGGGUGUCCUGGCUCCCCACCCAAGCCCACCAGUGGUGAACUGACCUGAGCCAGUCCUUGAACUCAUCACUCCUGGGGAGCGACCUCCAGCCCCACCGAGCAGAGCAAGGGAAGCUUCCCUUCGGGCCGCAGGGUUGGCCAGACUAGGGGAGCGAGAUGGCAGGUGCCCUUUCCCUCUGCCUCAGUGUGUCUUUGUGAUGUCAGCUAGUGUCGUGCAGAGGACACGGGAAGCACACACACACACCCAGAACUCUUGCUGGUCAGAGAUUCCCUGAGUGUCCCCACCCAAGCGUGCCCGUGUACCUGUGUUGUGAAGCGUGGGACUCUGUGGAGAAAUCGGGAAGGAGACAGGUAUAUAUGGCCCUGAGAAUGCCUGUCAUCCUUGUUCUUGUUGGGGUCUGUUCUUGGGGAGGGUGGGAAUGGGAGUGCUUGACCUUGUGUCUUCAUCAAUAAACUCUCAUUUACACAAA